AUCAUCAAGAAGCCAAGAUAGACUGCCUAGCAUGUCAGAUAAAGGAGAUGCUGCACAGCAUGCUUCAACGUCUGCAUCACCACAACCAAGACAACCGAUCAAGAUAGACCUUUCCAAAGAGUAUCGUAUCUCUCAUGUUUUAGAAGGUCAUUCAUCAGACGUUCGAGCUUUGAGUUCGUUCGAACAGGUUGAUGGUUUCGAAAGAUUUCAAAGUGCUUCAAGAGAUGAAACUGUUCGUUCAUGGUUUAGACCAAUACCGAAGUCCGGCUUUGGUCCUCCACCUACGUGGUACAAAUGGAUUACUCUACACGGAAAACGAUAUCAAAAUGCAGUUGCUUCUGUGAAUCUCAGCGAAGAUGAAGGUAUGACAGUUAUGGGAGGAUUAGAUGCCAGAAUACUGGUGUACAAACUCAACUUCACUGGAGAAUCACAACCGAAAGAUCUAGAUGAACCAAUACAAAUCAUUCAGGAACAUCAUGACAACGUAUGUCAUCUGAGCAUUUCAAGUAAAGACAGAACGCCGGAGGGUGCUCCAAGGCUGUUAAUCUCCGCAUCUUGGGAUGCUACAAGUCGGGUGUAUGCACUGCUCCCCGAUGCCAAGAUUGGUCAUAAAUGGAAAGCUCUACAUUUUCUCAAGGGACAUGAACGAUCUGUAUUGGAAGCUCAAGUCGUUUCAGCUGAACCAGGCAAUGAACGCUAUUUGACAGUAUCAGCAGAUUUGAAGAUACGUUAUUGGCAUGCAGAUAAGGUAGUCAAGACUUUUACGGGCCAUGCUGAUGUGAUUCGGAGUAUUGCACUUUUGCCAUUAGAUGCAUCAAAACUUGAUAGCAAUACGACCACAUCCUUCGCAACCUGCUCAAAUGAUGGUACAAUUAAAUUGUGGAGUCUAGAAGAUUUAGCUAGAGAAGAGACAUCAAGUAAGGACACCUCUUUAGCCACGUUGAUACCCAGGCAAAAGGACGGAACGCCAAUUCUAGAUCUGAUCUUUUCCGUACGCUUUGCCGGCACAAACGAAAACGGGGAUCGAUUGCUGAUCAGCGGCGGCGAAGGAGGUAGGGUGUACAUAUGGAAUGUAGAUACUCAAGAAGAGGUACUGCAGAUUUUGCAACCGGUCACAACUUGUUGGGAUGUUUUGUUUUUGCCUUCUUCCGGUGAUAUCGUCACUGCUGAUUCGGAUAACAAGAUUCGAGUGUACACUCAGAGGAACCAGAAAACUGGAUUCAUGGCUGCAGAACACCGACAGGAGCAGAAGGCAAAAGGCCUUCAAGUCGAAUUGAGCAGGGAAGAAAUCGAGGAAUUCAACAAACAAUGCGAUCAGCUUGCUCAGAGCAGAGUCCGUGCUGACAUUAUUGCAAGCGAGACAGACUCUGGCCAUGAUGAUAAUGUCAUCGACGGUCAGCGAUACGAUGCAGUGCUAAAAAUCGAUGUCAGCGAUGACUCUGAGCCACUUAGUCUACCGAUCAAUAAAGGAGAUGAUCCACGUACCAAAGCAAAGGCAUUUAUCCAGCAGUAUAGCCUGUCGGAGCGAUAUGAGGAUGAUAUCGUUGCUUUUAUCCAACAAGUCGGCCCAAAGUGAAAGACUAGAAAUAUUGAUGUACACUUUGAAUUGAUCAUGUCUGCUUGUUGAUUACAUGCAAGCGAAUGUGUGAGACGUUCUAAAUAUACUGCUUCUCUUAACUUUUUGUACAAUCUUGACCACAUCAGACGUUAUACAAUGAUCCUUCUGGUGGUUGUGGUAAUUUGCGGUUGUUUGGUGCGGCCAUGUCCUUUCUCAACUCUGUCAGAACUGUUUCGAGGGUGAAAUGACGCUUCCAUUGUGCCAGCACGGGCAGCGAGCUCGACUCGACCUUCCCAGAUUGUUGAUUAACGCAAGGCAAAUUGAUUCUUGUC